AUGGCUGUCAAGGAGCGAGCGUCUAAGCCCUACUGCGACUACCAGGGCGUGGACCAGGUGUCGCGGAACGUCUACUUCUACACGCGCAUCAGCUUUCAGUACUUUAUUCCGGUGAUGGUCAUCUCGUUCUGCUACUGCCGGGUCGGCUGCGAGAUAUGGGGCGCCGACGUGCCCGGCAACGCCGACAAUCAGCGAGACGCCGUUCUGCUUAGCAACAAGCGAAAGGUACUGAAGAUGCUGGUGAUCGUGGUGGUGAUGUUCAUCAUCUGCUGGCUGCCCUUCCAGCUGUACUACGUGCUGCAGUCCAUCUUCCCUGUCAUCAGCCAGUUCCGGUACAUAAAUGUGAUAUUUUUCUGCUCACAUUGGCUCGCCAUGGCAAACAGCUGCUGCAAUCCUUUCAUCUAUGGCAUCUACAAUGAGAAGUUUAAGCGCGAGUUUAAGAGCAAAUUCCAGCGAAGCGCUUGCCACGAAGCACGUGACUCGUUCGAUCACGACGACGCCUCAGAAGAGCUCAGGUCACGCUUCUCGAGGUCACUGAAGGGCAAACUCUGGGCGGGUUCCUCCACGAAGUCGACCCUGGACCGCGGUGUCUCCGUACCGCUGAAGGAGCUGGAGCCGCUGUCCGGCCGCCCCCCGGCCGAUGCCAAUGGACCCGUCUGAUGUCGGGUCACGCCGCCAGGGGCGGCUCCA